AAUGAGGAGUCGCCACUUUUUUUCCGCGUCAAGUUCGUGGCUGAAAGUUUUCUUUCCUCCUCUUUUUUCUCGUCUGUGUGCGGACGAACCGUCGCACGCACCGACAAUGAGAGAGAAAGCCGUGGGUUCCGUCUGCGCGCUGCCCCUCCGCUGAUGCCCAGCGUCCGUUGCUCCUCGACGGCGUCGUGUUCGCGUUACUUUAGAUGCUUCUCGACACAUUUCCGUUAUGCGAAGUCCAACUUGUUGGUUAGUUGUCGUGCUGCGGAGGGUGCCCAUCCGAGAUAACGGAGAACUGAUUCUCAGCCGGUCUGGUUACUGCAAUGAAUGGUAACACUAUCCAUCCAGCCAACACCACCACAACAGCAGGAGGAGGCCCCGGCAUUCCAGCGCCCCCGAGAGGCUGGAGGGAGUUCUGCGAACUGCAUGCCAUCGCCACAGCCCGACAGCUGGCCGGACACUACCGGAGCUUUGCCAGAGAGUGGCCACAACAUGACGUGCUCCCACCAGAGACUUUUUCCAAGCAGUUCACCGACCUCUUCCAGAAGCACUUCUGCUGUGAGGUUGACAAAGAUGGCAUGCCGCUCAGCCCUAGCCGAAGCUCUACCUCUACAGGUAGUGCUUCCUCCACAUCUUCAGUGGCCCGUCCCCUUCCGUCACAGCCUGUGACUGGUUGUUCACGGAUUACAUCUUUGUCUGAGGUGCAAGACUAUCGGGAAGCGGGCCGUCAAAGCGGAGGAGCUGCUCUAUUCACUUUUGUGCCCCCAAAAGUGGAGCCAGUGGUGGUAAGCCAGGAACAGGAGCAGCCACUGCAAUGUGCUGCGGGGACCUCUUUGUUGGGGAACCCUGUGGUGCUUAGAGGGUCAACUCGUAGUGUUGGCAGUGGGUCACUGCUAAUGCAUGGCAAUGGCAAUGAGGAGAUCUCUGGCACCAGUCAUCAUCAGGUCUCUGAACGGUACUCGUCUGACUCUUUAAUCUCCAACCCUGGACAUGCUGACGUCACGCACUUCUCUGUCAGUCAGAUUCAACAGACCGUAAGAAGACUUUUCAAGAAACGGCCCCUUCCCAGUCCCCCAUCAACCCAGGACCUGUCCUCUAGCAAUCCAAACCCCAGCAACAACAAUAAUCCACCAAAUAAUAUUGAGAGAAUGGGUGGGAUCCACUCCCCAAAUGAGAAUGUGUCAUCAUCCUCCUCUUCUUCCCACUCUUCGUCUUGUUUGAACUCUGAAGUCCCUCCACCUGGCACUUCACAUUGGUCCAUGGCUGGAGUAGCCUCUCACUUCCUUGAUCGUUUACGUUGGUUACACAACAGGAGCAUGAGGCAGCGGAGGUCAGAGGUGAGCGGCUGCUGUAAAGAGGGCCAGCUGAGGUACUUACUUGUGGAUGACACUAUCUCAGACUCUCAACCCCGAUGGCAACGCUGCCGUCUGCUGGUCAGGAGGAUCAGGGAUGCUCAAGGAGGAGGUGGCGGCGGAAGAGGCGGAGGGGAGCGGUACCAGUUGGAGCUUUAUGAUCCUCCAAAGGCUUCCAGUCCUAAGCUGACGACUCAGUGCUCCGAUAUCCAAGAGGUUCGUCGUUGCAACCGAUUGGAGAUGCCCGACAACAUUAACACUUUUGUUUUAAAGGUUAACCGAGGUAGCCUGUUAUUUGAGACAGACAACGACCAGCAGGUCAGCUCCUGGACCACAGAGCUUAAAGAAUGUAUCAGCAACAGGUCAGGCAGCGUUGAUCUGGAGCCGCUCCCUUCCCCAGCUGACAACUCUGCUCCAGCCAAUCGCAGAGGAAGCUCAGCAUCAGCGAGUCACAGCCCCCUCACCUUCGCCUUACCGGAGCAGAUCAUCCAGAAGACAGACCACUUCCUCUUCUCCUACCCAUGGUUCCAUGGGCCCAUCUCUCGCCUCAAGGCAGCCCACCUGGUUCAGAGCUCUGGACCAGAGGGACAUGGAGUGUUUCUGGUCCGACAGAGCGAGACACGCAGGGGAGACUACGUCCUCACGUUUAACUACCAGGGAAAAGCAAAGCAUCUGCGACUCUCUCUGACAGAAUGGGGUCAGUGCAGGGUGCAGCACCUACGCUUCCCCUCGGUCAUGGACAUGCUCAGUCACUUCCGCCUCUUCCCCAUCCCGCUGGAGUGUGGAGCCGCAGGUGCCGUCACGCUGUCCAGCUUCGUCGUGGCGGGAGUCAGCCCUCCGUCGCAGGGUCAGCUCUCCGGCGCUCUCCUGGUCCCUUUCUCCCUCCACCGUUGGAGCUCAGAGCCCAGCCUGGCUCACUGUAGUUUGGCCCGCAGCUCCAGUCAGCCCCCAUCCUCCUCCUCCUGCUUCACCACAGGCAACACUUCCAAUCCCAGCUCCGCGUCCCAGCCGGGGAACCGCCCGCCCGGUCGCACCAACCCCGUCCCCGUCCCUCCUGCUCCUGCUCCUCCUCCAGCAGCCCCUGCCCUCCUGCGUCGCAGCGAGUCAGUAGGGAGGAGGCCACUGCUUCGCCACCACGCCACCCACACUCCCAUCGUCCCCCAGCGGGACUCGGACUACGAGCUGGAGCCUGAGCGAGGCCGCAAGCGGGCAAUAGACAACCAGUACAUGUUGCUAUGACCUCGGAAACACAGGAGUCACCAGUGAAGCCAGCACACACGCACACACACACACACACACAUCCUCCUCCUUUAUUAAGGGUGUGAGACAUGAUUUCAGCAGACUCAAGAAUUUGGGACAACAAGUCUUGGUCUGAUGAAUGCAGAGCUUUGUGAACACACACACACACACACACACACACACACACACACACCCUCCCCCUCCCUCUGAGUGUCCACAGUGAAUGUAUUUUUGGGAGUUUUAUUACAGUGUUAAUAAUGAUGAUUAUUCUUGUUUAAUUGAUGUUGAGGGUCUUUGUGCGUGUGUGUGUGUGUGUAUAAGCGAGACAGAGGGAGAGUGUGAGAGCGCCAUCUUGAGCUGUCCUCCAGACCAGACAAAAAAAAAAUAUAUACAUAUAGAUAUUUUUAAAUAUUUCUAUCCUGGUCGAUUCUACGAGCUGCGCAUUAUUUAACUUCUUACGGCACUUAACCUGAGCUGCCUGCAGACCAGGACAAAUCAAGUGCUCUGCCUUUAAAGUAUUUAAGGAACAUUUACUCUUCACACAAAGUUCCCAGUGUGGAGCAAACUCCCACCUUCUUUUUUUUUUUUUUUUUUUUUAAAUAAACACCAACAUAAAGCACUCUAUUUUUGUAGGAGUGUCCUUACACUCUCGUAGAUAGGUCUCCUCCUUAUGCAUUAUUACUUAUUUAAGUGCACUUCACUUUCAGUGCACUGUGGAAACAAUGUGUAUUUUUUUCUAUACACAGAUUUUUGUUUUUGUAAAAAAAAAAUGUAAUAAUAUCAAUAAUAAUGAAAAAAAAAAUAAAAAAGUAAAAAAUAAAAAAAGAAGAGGAAAUUUGGUUAAAAUCAGUUGAACAUAUUGAGGCGCCGUUUCCACUCGUUCAAAAACCUUGGCUGAAGUCAUGACAGAGAAACCACAGGAAGUGUGUGUGGUGGCGUUUGUCAUGUUUUUGUUGAUCUCAGUGUGGUACAGUAUUUACCUAAGUACGCGUGUGAAUUUGUGUCACAGUAGUCGCUGCUGGACGUUUUCUGAAAAUCAGCAUCGGGGUCAUUUCUGACACAAGAUGAGAGAAAAUAAUGGAAUGACAAAGCACUUGUGGUUCAGUAUGAGUCGAUUCUUUGUGUAUGUAUUUAUAAGUCACGAAAUGCGUUUUGUGGCUCUAAAUUACAGGGGGAACACGAUAUUUUAUUACAUAUUUUAUUAAAGGUUCUGUGUUAGUGACAUCUAAUGGUGAGACUGCAGAUUGUAACAAAGUCCUCCCCUCAUUCCUCCCCUUUUUCUGUGCACAAGGAACUACAGUGGCCUUCACAUAGCAGAUAGGAUGUUGUUCUUCCUUGUUUUGCGUAGAAAACUUACACUUCAAAAUGCCAAAGGCACUUUGUGGUUGUGGUGGCCUCCUGGAAGCCUAAAGUACAAAAUAAAAGGCUUAUUCUAAGGCUAUGAAAACCAAAAUGAUUAUUGUUAUUAUUAUUAUUUUAAAGCAAUUAUACAAACAUAGCAAUGGUUAGCAUUUCCAGUAUCUGCCAAUAAACCCUCUUACAUGUUACACACUGGACCUUUAAAUAAAUAAAUUCUGUUAAAUAUACAUAUGUAUUGAUUAAAACAAAGUCAUCUAGUAGCACAAAAUGCACAGUAACUGCCCAAUUUGAUUGAGUUGGAACAUUUAGUUUAGGAGUAUGAGGUUGGUGUAGUCAGUGGUUAGCACUCUUGCCGGAAGACCCGGGGGUCACGACCUGGUUGGAACAAAGACGAGUUUGCAUGUUCUCCCCGUGUGUGCAUGGGUUUUCUCUGGGUUCUCCGGUUUCCUCCCACAGACAUUGGACACUCUAAAUUGAACGUAAGAGUGGAUGGUUUUUUUGUCUCGUAUGUGUCCCUGUGAUGGACGGGUGACCUGUCCAGGGUCGUCCCCCUGCCUUUCACCCAACGUCAGCUGGGAUCGGCACCGGCGCGACCCUCAUGUGGAGGAUAAAGCCGUAAGAAGAUGAAUGAAGCGUCACCAAAUUAAGUUUUUAACACAAAGGAAAGAAAUUGGAGGUCCAACAACUAACCUGACAAAACCUGACGAAAAGGCACUUGAUGUUCAGACCGAAAAGAUCAAAUGCAGGUCACAAAUGUUUUAUUUCAUUGUCAGUGAAGCUCAAAUCACUGGAAACUUCUUCAAAUGUCUCUCAGAUCACUUGUUUUUGAAAAGUGGCUGGUGAUGGAAAAACAGAGUGAAAUUAAAAAGCACACGUGUGUCUCUGUGGAUCCUAAUUUGCUAGUCGCAUCGUUAGCGUCUCCAACUCUACUCUUUUUUUUUUUUUACACCCGUAGCAUUAAUUAUUAAUAUUCUGUACAGUUUUCACCAACAAUGAACGUCAUGUUUUGACUGCGGCACGUUCACAUCAUCAGAAGAGUUUUACUGAGGAAGCUUCAGUGGAUAAAUCUCCGCUGAUGAUGAGGAGAGUCUCCUCUGCACUUAACUCAGAUCUGACGACCGGUCAAUCAUUACAGGUGCCUUUUCGGGCAUGUCGUCGUUUUAAAGCUGCACUGACUAUAAUCACUCAACUCAGGUGGGAUUUUUUUUUUUUUUUUUUUACAACAUAUACAGAAAAAAAAAAGAGAAAAGAAAAUCAGCUUUUUUUGUAGUUUAAUCCAUCUUUGUGCAAAUGCAGAGCAUCCCCUGAAUAUUCACCACUAAAACCAAAUGUUCUGUCAUUUUGUUCUGUUUUAAUAUCUGAAGCCUUUGGGAAAUGUGUUUGUGUUUAGCUAAGAUUCUGUCUUCUAACCUCGCUUUAACACUAACUUCCUUCCUUCGAUUAAAACUCGUGCCUAACACACUCUCGUCUCUCCCUCUGCUCUCGUCGUCGUUGUUGUAGAAAUCGGAGGUAAACUAUAAAUGCAAUUGAAUUUCCUCAUGACCAUGAUGUGAUUAGUCCUCUUGUUAAGUUAGUUACCAAAUGAACUUUUUCUUUUUUCUUUUUUUUUUUUAACAAUGGUUGUGUCCUCUUUAACGUAUCGUCACAAUUGAGACUGACAUGUUUGAAAUAGUUUAUAAAGGGGAACAAAAACAAGGAUGUUUUUGGCAAAAGUACGGUUAAUCUUCCUGCAUUUAUGUGCCCGAGUCUAAGCAAAAAACUCUCACUCCCGUCUUCUUUCUCUAAAAGGAGAAUUACUGUGCCUUUGCCAGAAAGCUGCUGUUGCUUUUCCCCUUCCCCCCCCCCCCCCCCCCGAAAACUUGGGGUGUGACAUGGUGCAGAACUUGUGUAGUGCAAUAACUUGAGAGUUGCCCCAGUGCUUCACACCUGUGUGUUUGUGUGUGUGCGCGGAGUGAGCAAAGGCUUUUAGUUGGAUUCAUUCAUUGUGUGUGUGUGUGUGAGAGAGAGAGAGAGAGAUAUUUGCAACUGCUCAGAGACUGAAGAAAUGUCAAAGUUCCCAGAAAACAUGCUGCCACGUUUUCCUGCUGCUUCCCCCCCACUUCUCAUCGUUUUUAUGAUUCAGAGUCGAGUUAUUGCCAGAGAAGAGUCCCCGUGUACCUCAGGUGUAUUUCAUCCUCAACAUCCACCCCAGCGAAACACCUUUAACUCCAGCCGUACCCCUCCAUUUGAUGAUUGUGUUCUCAAUACUGUUCAUUGUGUUUGUUAACGUUAGCACUGUAAACAUUCCAGUUUGAUCCGACUACCCCCUUGACAGCCAGUGAAAAAACCACAUCAGCUUUGAAAUCGGUCAUUGUGUUUGAAACCCUUUCAGUUAUAAGCAUCUAAAUUAUAUUAUAUUAUAUUAUAUAUAUAUCAACUGUAUAUUUGACUUUUUGUAAAAUAAACCUAACCAAAAAUG